AUGGUUGCUCAAGAAAACAUCACAGCCGACAUCCAAGGCUCGAUGCUAGGCAGUGAUGCUGUCCUAGCUAUCGACCAGAAAGGAUCGUUGAUUCACACAGUCUCAAGGGAGCAUCACCCCAAAGUCGGUCUCGAAUCUGAGGCCGCAAUAGUCCAUGCAGAAGGCCAUGGACACGAACAUAUCGAUCCAGAAUUAAUACCUACUGAAGAGGAGAAGAAAACCCUCCGAAAAGUAGCUGGAAAACUUCCUAGUGUCACUUACUUGAUCUGUGCUGUCGAAUUCGCUGAGCGAGCUUCUUACUAUGGUUGCAAUGGUUUGUUUAACAAUUUCGUCAACAGACCACUCCCAGUCGGCGGUGAUGGUUAUGGUGCACCACCAAGAGGAACUGAACAAACUGCCGGAGCUUUAGGUCUCGGUACUGUCAAAGCAACAGCCACAUCUCAAUCAUUCUCUCUACUUGCAUAUGCACUUCCAUUGUUCUUCGGAUGGCUCGCCGAUACCAAAACUGGUAGAUUCAAGAUUAUUUGCUGGGGUGUAGCAGUAUGUGGUAUUGCACAUGUUCUCAUGUGUGCAAGUGGUGCUCCUAGUUUGUUGGCCAGCGGAAAUGCCAAGGCUCCUUUCUUUUUGAGUGUCUAUACUUUGUCUAUUGGUGCUGCUAUGUUCAAACCUAAUAUUGCACCAACCCUUCUCGAUCAAAUGCCACACGCAGUUCCAGUCAAGAAGACUCUCCCAUCUGGUGAAGUAGUCAUUGUUGACCCCGAAUCUACUACCGAGCGUGUCAUGCUUUGGUUUUACCUCCUCGUUAACGUCGGUGGAUUCAUGGGUGUCCCAACUGCCUACACCGAAAAAUACAUCGGAUGGUGGUUGUCCUUCCUCCUCCCACUCCUCCUCUAUGUCCCUCUCCCAUUCCUCCUCUGGUACAUGCGCAAACGUCUCAUCCUUUACCCACCAGGAGGAUCCGAUCUUGGCAACGUCUGCCGUGUUGUUGGUAUCUGUUUCAAGAGAGGUGGUUUAAGAAAAAUCUUCACCCGCAAGGGAGGAUUCUUUGAAGCCGCUAAGCCAUCCGUCAUUGCCCAGUCUGGAAACGUUAUCGAUGUACCAUGGAACGAUGCAUUCAUCGAGGAUGUCAAGCGUACUUUCGAAGCUGCCGGAAUCUUCUGUUUCUUCCCAAUUCAAAACAUCAACGACAACGGUCUUGGUAGCUCCGCUAAUGCUCUCUCAACUAUGUUGUCUACCGAUGGUGCCCCCAACGAUGUGAUGAACAACUUCAACUCUCUCUCCAUUAUCAUUGUCGCACCAAUCCUCAACUACGGUCUCUACCCAUUGUUGAGAAAGCGCAACAUUCACUACGGACCAAUCGCCAGAAUGACCACCGGAUUCUUCCUGUCUACUCUCGGAGGUGCCGCCUACACUCUUCUCAACUACUACGCCUACAAGAUCGGACCUUGCGGAAAGUAUGGUUCUUCCGCAACCUGUGUUGAUGCCGAUGGUGUUUCCCUCGUAUCCUCCAUCUCCGUUUGGUUAAUGGCCGUUCCCUACGCCAUCGGUGGUAUUUCCGAACUCUUCGUCAACGUUCCCGCAUACGGUAUUGCAUACUCCCGUGCUCCAGCCAACAUGAGAGGUCUCGUAUCUGCUCUUAACUUGUUCACCCAAGCUAUUGCUUAUCUCGUUGGUCUUGCCUGUGCCGGUGUCAUCAAGGAUCCAUAUCUUACCUGGGAUUUCGGUGCGCCAACUAUCAUUGGUUUCAUCAUGAUGUGUGCUUUCUAUUGGAUCUACAGAGAUAUCGAUAAGGAAGAAUACAAACUCAGUGUCAAUGAUGAGCAAAUGCAUGUUGCAGAUCAACCAAUUCAUGAUGGACAAAGUGCGAGUGAGAAAGCUGGUCCUCCUUCGUAUGAGGGAGAGAAAGGUGGACUCAAGGAUAAGGAGACAGAGCUUUAG